GGCCCGCGACGCGCGGCCUCUUCCUGUCUGGGCCGGGGCGGCGCGUGGUCCUCGUUGAGUGUCUGAGGCUCCUCAGCUGCGCCCACAGUUCCCAGGAUGACUGAGUGGGAGACAGCUGCCCCUGCUGUGGCAGAAACCCCCGACAUCAAGCUCUUUGGAAAGUGGAGCACAGAUGAUGUACAGAUCAACGACAUUUCCCUGCAGGACUACAUCGCAGUGAAGGAAAAAUAUGCCAAGUACCUGCCCCACAGUGCAGGGCGCUAUGCGGCCAAGCGCUUUCGUAAGGCGCAGUGCCCCAUCGUGGAGCGCCUCACCAACUCUAUGAUGAUGCACGGCCGCAACAAUGGCAAGAAGCUCAUGACUGUGCGCAUCGUCAAGCAUGCCUUCGAGAUCAUCCACCUGCUCACCGGCGAGAACCCCCUGCAGGUCCUGGUAAAUGCCAUCAUCAACAGUGGUCCCCGAGAGGACUCUACGCGUAUUGGGCGAGCUGGGACGGUGAGGCGGCAGGCUGUGGAUGUGUCCCCAUUGCGCCGCGUCAACCAGGCCAUCUGGCUUCUGUGCACGGGUGCCCGUGAAGCUGCCUUCCGGAACAUCAAGACCAUUGCUGAGUGUCUGGCAGAUGAGCUCAUCAACGCAGCCAAGGGCUCCUCUAACUCCUAUGCCAUCAAGAAGAAGGACGAGCUUGAGCGUGUGGCCAAGUCCAACCGUUGAUCUCCUAGUUGUGGCUCAAUAAACCUGUCAGCCUUUGGGGCAGUCCUUGCCUA